AAUUACGAUUAAAGUUGAAAGAUCUGUCGUAAUGGCCAGCCAGGGCGCUAUGGAGGAGUGGUAUGCCAAUCCAGUUUAUGCUCGCUACUGGCAGCAUUACAAGCAGGCCAUAAACUGGCAUAAAAGGCACAAGCGGACAUACAUAAAAGCAAUGGAGGCUUGCUACAUCCCUUCGCUGUUUCCCAUGCACUCCUCUGCCGUGCAGCGAUACUCGGAUUGGCAUGCAGCUGAGGGUUGGUUGGACAGAGACAGAGCCACAGAGGAUGAAAGUGAGACUGAUGAGAGUUCGGACGAGGGUCUGAUUGAGUGUAACGUCAGCAAUGUGGACAUCUCAGAAGAACUGCGGCAAUACUUCGCCCAAACUGAGCAGCACAGGCAAAAUCUCAAGAUACAACAGGAGAUGAACGCAGAGGAGCAGGAAUCUUAUGUACUGGCAGACGAAGACUUGCACCGGGUUUCCUGGAAAAGCGUACUGCCCCCUUCUGAACGUCCAGGAGAGUCGAGGGCUGUGGAAAUGAAGAAACUUUAUGGCAAAGAUGCAGCAAAGAUUCAAGGGAUGGAGACCGCUAUGCGGCUCACCUUUGACCGUAACUGUGACAGGAAGCAGCCCAAGUACUGGCCUGUUAUACCACUCAACUUGUAAAAGGUUUUGUGAACUAGCCUGAACUUGGAACUAGACUAUUUAGGUUGAUGUGUGUGCAUGUUUUCUUAGUUUCUGCAUACCUUGCUUUGAAAUGUUCAUGAAAGAUUUCAGUGUUUGU